GGCCAAUCGCUAUCCGCCGGUCGCCAUCACGUAGGUCGCUGUCACGUAGGUCGCUGUCCCGUAGGUCGCUGUCCCGCCUCUAGCCGAGCCCAUGAGGCGUGCCGAGCUCAUAGGCCGAGCCGAGCUCAUGGGUCGAACAGGGAGCUUCCACGUGGCUGUUGGGUCCGAGUCCGAGCGUGCUGCUGAAAGCUCUGUCGCCGGCCCCGCGCAGGAGAGCGACUCCCGCUCGCCCUUCGUCGAGGAGAUAGCCGAGGCGGUCGAGGUCCCUCUUCAGUCCGAGCCUCGUAACCAGAGGCGGACCACUCUCGAGGACUCGGGGAUCCGAGCGCAAAGGUGCACCCUUACUCGGGAGGAGUACCGCAAGGCGAAGCGCCUAGCCUCGGCGCCGGGCGUUACCGUGCGCCGUCCCACUUCCGAACAGUCAGUCUUUGAUGCUCCUCCGGUCGUGCCCAAAUCCCACCGCUAUUUGGCGGGAUUUCUCAUUCGUUGCCAAGGGAUCGGGGUUCGCCCUGACCUGGCCCGUUUCUUGCUUCUCUUCCGGUUGGCGAAGUCGUCUGGCCGGGCGAACUCCGACUCGGGCUCGUAUGCCUCAAUAUUCCAAAGACAGGAGAAGCUCUUCAAGACGAGAAAGGACUCCGCCAAGAGUUGGAAGGGGAAAUUCGUCUUCGUUUCUCUUUCCUCGGGCUCCCCUUUUCGUAAAGAACCCCUCAGCUCCUUUCGUCGUCGCUCCGCGUGCGUCACCUCGGACAAGAUGCUCGAGGACGUAGAGACGCUCUGCCGAGGGGGGCCCUUCGAAGUCGGUUCGAUAGUUACGAACGAUGCUUUAGCGGCACUCGGCUUCGUCUUCCUAUCCCCGGAUGAUACUCAGCGGAGCAUCGAAGAAGGCCCCUCAGGUGAAAUCAUGCUCUCCAGCGCCGAGCGACUGAAGCUCAUGUUCUCGGAUGCCCCUAGCGGCAACUCCCGGGCUCCUACCGACGUCGACCGGGAAACUCUGGCCUCGGAUAUGUUUCACGAGAUGGGCUCGGCGAUGAUGCGCAUGGUCGACAUGAGCCAGCGGCUGCGCACUAGCGAGGCCGACCGGAGCAGGGCUUAUGUUGAAAUAGCUGACCUCAACGAGGCGCUAAAGGCGGCCAAGGAGCAAGCUCGCCAGGCCGAGGAGNUCGACCGGGAAACUCUGGCCUCGGAUAUGUUUCACGAGAUGGGCUCGGCGAUGAUGCGCAUGGUCGACAUGAGCCAGCGGCUGCGCACUAGCGAGGCCGACCGGAGCAGGGCUUAUGUUGAAAUAGCUGACCUCAACGAGGCGCUAAAGGCGGCCAAGGAGCAAGCUCGCCAGGCCGAGGAGCGGGCCCAGCAGCUCGCGGAGGAGGCUGCUCGCAAGGCGCGCCAGGAGGCUCGCGAUCAGGCCGUCGCCGAGUUCCUAGCAUCGGAUGCGUUUCAGGAGGAAACCUUCGCUCGCAUGAACGAUCUGCUCAAGGCAUGGGGGCAGACUCCUGAGGGGAAGGCAUUCGCUCGCUCCGAAGGGACGUCGUGGUACAACCUCGGUUUGUUCCGAGCGCAGCAGGUCCUUACGGACAGGUUCCUCGCCGGGGAGGACUUCCCCGAACCAUGCGACGGUCCUGAUGAGCUCGACACCUCCAUCUACUAAACGAAUGGCGGGAACCCAGCCGGCGAGCAGCCGAAUGCCGAGUGAUAUGACUUGGAGCUUUGUUGUAU